AUUGUCACUUGAUAAUGAUGCUGCCUCGGUGCUGAUUCAGGGUGUGACUGCUGGAGGCAGAGUGAGAGACACACCUCAGAAUUGCUGACGAACAAGUGACAGGCCAGACUGAACAGCUUGAUGGUGGUGAUAAGCUAAACGAAACAGAACCAAACCAAGACCGAGAUGGAAUUACGACUGGGAUGUAGGAUCACCUUGAACUUGGUCAUCCUGGCUUUGACUCUUUCCGGCGAGAGAGUGGAAGCUCAGAGGGCAGGAUGUAAAAAUGUCCACUAUGACUUGGCGUUUAUCCUGGAUACAUCUUCCAGCGUUGGAAAGGAGAACUUUGAGAAAAUCAGGCAAUGGGUGGCCAACAUUGUCGAGUCUUUCGAUGUGGCACCAGACAAGACAAGAAUAGCCGUGGUUCGCUACAGUGACAGACCCACCACCGAGUUCACCCUGGGUAAACACAGCACCCUGGAGGAUGUGAAACGAGCUGCCCACAACAUACGCUACCUGGGGGGAAAUACAAUGACCGGGGACGCUAUCGGCUACACCACCACCAACAUCUUCACGGAGCGAAACGGAGCCAGGCCGACAGCCAGAGGCAUUCAGAGGGUGGCCAUCCUUCUCACAGAUGGCCGAAGCCAGGAUUAUGUUCUGGAGCCCUCUAAGGCGGCUGCCAAAGCUGGCAUCAGGAUGUUUGCUGUGGGCAUCGGGGAGGCGCUGAAGGUGGAGCUUGAAGAGAUCGCGGCCGAGCCAAAGAAUGCCCACGUCUUCCAUGUGACAGACUUCAAUGCCAUUGACAAGAUCAGAGGCAGGCUGAGGAGGAGGCUCUGCGAGAAUGUCUUGUGUCCGAACAUGAAGGUUCAACCUGAUCGGUUUAAGCCCAACAGCACCAGUUAUGGUCUUGAAGAGGUUCCAGGGUUCAACCUCAUGGAGCACUUCAACGUGAGAGAUAUUCUGGGAACCAAAGAGGACGAAGGCCAAAGUUCUUACGUUCGCCUUGGCACCAUGCCCAUUGUACAGCAAACAGAGGAUAUGUUUCCUCAAGGGUUGCCAGAUGAAUAUGCCUUUGUGACGACAUUCAAAUUCAGGAAAACCUCAAGACGUGAAGAUUGGUACCUCUGGCAGGUUUUUGACAAAUAUGGAAUCCCACAGGUGUCCAUCCGCCUGGACGGUGAGAAUAAGGGGGUGGAGUACAAUGCUGUCGGCCUGACAAAAGACGCCGUCAGAGCUGUGUUCAAGAACCCUGAAGUUGACAACCUGUUUGACCGCAACUGGCACAAGAUUGCUCUCAGCGUGGAGGCCAAGUCUGUGUCUCUGUACCUGGACUGCAAACACAUCCAGACUCUGCCCAUUGAAGAGAGGGAGGACAUUGAUAUCCAGGGGAAGACAGUGAUUGGGAAGAGGCUGUAUGACAGUGUGCCAAUUGAUUUUGACCUCCAGAGGAUGAUGAUUUACUGUGAUUCCAAGCAUGCAGAGCUGGAAACCUGCUGUGAUAUACCCAAUGGACCUUGCCCCAAGAAAGUUGUUACGGAGGCCCCCCCAAUUGAAAUCCCCGCUCCAACACCUACUACUGGGGAGCAACAAAGAAGCCCUCAAGUGAACUGUUCGUGCCCUGCAGGAGAUACGGGAGAGAUCGGUGCACCCGGUGUGGCAGGUCCUAAGGGUGGAAAGGGUGACACUGGCCUUAAGGGCGCCAUCGGAGCUCAAGGAAUCAGAGGAGAAAAAGGAGAAACUGGCAAAAUAAUCUCUGUCAAAGGUGAUAUAGGUGAGAAGGGUGAUACAGGCAGGAUAGGGUUGACAGGUGCUCCUGGACAAAAAGGAGAGAAGGGACUUGGUGGUGUGCCAGGCAUCGAUGGCUUAUCUGGAGACAAAGGAGACAAAGGUGGAGCAGGACUGGCUGGUGGUCCAGGGCUGACAGGUCAAGCUGGACAAAAGGGAAUUCAAGGGGAUGAAGGAAUUUCUGGCACCCCAGGUCCAAAAGGUGUCACUGGUGAAUCAGGUGGAAAAGGAGAAAAAGGAACUUCGGGAGCCCGGGGUGAGGCAGGUCUCGAUGGAUUUCCUGGCAAACCUGGUGUUCCUGGGAAAGAUGGUUUGAGAGGACUGGUUGGUACACCCGGGCCCAGCGGAAAUAAUGGCAUCAAGGGGGAGAGAGGCCUUCGCGGAUUACCUGGGGAUGUGUUUCAAAAAGAAGGUCUACGGGGUGACAAGGGAGAUGGUGGAUCUUCUGGGCCUCCAGGGCCCGAGGGCCCCCAGGGGCCUCAAGGCCCUCCGGGUCUACAGGGACUUCCUGGGGAACCUGGAGAGUUCGGCCAGAGGGGAAAGAAAGGUGAAAGUGGAUUGCCUGGAGUGGAUGGCCUUCCUGGAUCCCCUGGUCCUCAGGGUCUAUCUGGGCCACCAGGAAACCAAGGACACACUGGACCUCCUGGUCUACCUGGUGAAAUUGGAUUUUCAGGCAAACAUGGAGAGUCUGGAAAGCCUGGUCUUCCUGGUAAAGACGGUCUGGACGGUCUUCCUGGAAACGACGGUGCUUUGGGGCCCAGGGGAGAGCGCGGAGCAGAUGGUUUUGCGGGCAAGCCCGGACCUAAGGGGGACGAUGGGCCUCCCGGACCAAGAGGACCUCCAGGGGAUAGAGGAGCAGCUGGUGCCCCUGGUCAAACAGGUGGUGAUGGAGUUAGAGGAGAUAGGGGUGUUCCGGGAGAAAGAGGACAGGAUGGAACACUUGGACCAAAAGGUGACAAGGGAGACAAGGGUGAAGAGGGAGCCAGGGGAAUACCUGGCAUUCCAGGAAAUGUGGCAAAUGUCAUCCCUGAGCCUGGUGAGCCUGGAGAACCUGGAGCGAAGGGAGAGAAGGGGGAUCAAGGGAAACCAGGAGAGAUUGGUCAAAGAGGGUUACCUGGUGAACAAGGCUUUAAGGGACCACCUGGACUAGCGGGUUCAAAAGGUGACAUCGGACUAAUGGGAGAGACGGGACGUGUUGGAGACCAUGGCCCACCUGGCAUUGUUGGUCCUCAAGGUGCUCGUGGACUACCCGGGAGUGUGGGCAUACCAGGGAUCAUUGGGCCUCCCGGGCCAGGCGGACAGAGAGGAGACAAGGGUGAACCAGGUAAACCAGGACAAUCAGGUCCCACAGGCCCACCCGGAGAUGGCGGUUUGACUGGACCCCCCGGACCUCCAGGAAAGGGGAAAGAUGGACAAAAUGGGGAUCUGGGACCACAAGGAAUUCAAGGACCCCUGGGGCUAAAGGGCCAAACCGGGUCGCGAGGAGAACCAGGGUUACCCGGGGACAGGGGUCCUGCAGGAGAAGGCAAAGUGGGACAACCGGGGCCUCCAGGAAAAAAUGGGGACCUUGGAGCUACGGGCAUUAGGGGUCUGCCAGGAGUCACCGGUCCUGAGGGCCCAGCAGGACAUAAUGGUUUACCAGGAAGGCCGGGAGACAAGGGAUCACCAGGAGAUCCUGGAAAGGCAGCAGACCUCUCUGACCUAAAUCUGAAGGAUGUUUGCUCAGACUGCCCUGUAGGUCCACCUGGACUACCUGGUCUCCCAGGAGUCCCAGGGGACAAAGGACACCUUGGACCUCCGGGGAAAAACGGUCAAGAUGGUUACCAAGGCCCCCCGGGAACAGCCGGAGCUCAAGGGCCCUCUGGAGCCGACGGAGGAAAGGGUAUUAAAGGUGAUCGAGGACCCCCAGGAGGCCCUGGAGAGAAAGGAGAAAAGGGUCACCCAGGACCCCCUGGUCAUCCAGGUACCGCUGGCUUGAUGGGCACACCUGGUAACGAUGGACAGCCUGGCCCCGUCGGCCCCCCGGGGUCCCCUGGAGAAAAGGGCAAAGAGGGUCUCAAAGGAAUCCAGGGACCACCGGGUCUUCCCGGCUUGAUCGGUCAGCCUGGGAAAAUGGGAAAAGACGGCAGACCAGGUGAACCAGGAGAGCCUGGCAAGCAAGGUGAGCUUGGACCACAAGGAAACUCGGGGCUCAGGGGACUCCCGGGCUUUAAGGGCCACAGAGGAGAACCUGGAGCUCCAGGACCUACGGGAGAAGAUGGAAAGCCUGGAUCAUCUGGGCGUGAUGGCAAACCUGGGAAAGAGGGCUCUACGGGACCUCCAGGCAGAGAAGGUCUUAGUGGACCAAGAGGAGAGUCGGGCAAGCCAGGUGAACCAGGGCCAUCAGGAAAAGCAGGUCUCCCUGGAACUCCGGGUCUUAGAGGAGACAAGGGAGAGGCCGGCAACCCAGGAUUACCAGGCUUUAGUGGGCCUAAAGGCCCCGCGGGUCCACCUGGUCCAAUCGGUCCAGAAGGUAAACAGGGGAUGCCAGGCAGAGUUGGUGAUCGAGGCCUCAAAGGAGAGAAGGGAGAUUCAGGUGUGAAGGGAGAUAAAGGACAAUCAGCAGAUCCAGGUAUGCCUGGAAACCCUGGACCCCCUGGUAGAAAGGGCCACACAGGGAUGAUGGGCAUGUCUGGACCACCAGGAGAAUUAGGAGCUCCGGGGCCACAAGGAACUUCAGGAAAUCCCGGUAUUCCAGGCCAAAGAGGAGAGUCGGUAUCACUGGAGCAGAUGAGACGACUCAUCCAGGAGGAGCUGGCGAAACAAUUAGAUGCCAAAAUGGCUUACCUCAUGGCUCAGAUCCAGCCAGCCCACGUGAAGAGUACAGCUGGCCGUCCAGGAGCUCCAGGCCCCUCGGGUAAGGACGGCAGUUCUGGACGACCUGGCCCCCCUGGAGAGUCUGGUAUGCCCGGACAAAAUGGCGGAGAAGGGUCCAGGGGACCCAUGGGCCCUAAAGGUGACAAAGGAACAAGAGGAGAAAAGGGAGAACCUGGUAUUGGCGAAAGAGGAGAGCAAGGACCCUCUGGCCCGAUAGGUCCAGCUGGUCUGCCUGGUUAUGGUAAAGACGGAGGCCCAGGGCAAGCUGGAGCCCAGGGAGAGCCAGGAAACCCCGGCCCCCACGGUCAAUCUGGACCUCCAGGUCCUACUGGCCAGUGUGAUCCCAGCCAGUGUGCCUACUAUGCCAGCCUGGCACAUAGACCCCACACCAAAAAUGUCAAGGGGACUUAAUUAAGAGAGAAGGGACACAAAGAGCUUGAAGUCCAGCUGUAUUUAUGAACUUGGUCUGAAUCAAGAACUUUUUUUUUUAAGAUAACCUCAGUAUGGAGGGCUGAAGCAACACGUGCUGCCGG